ACUUCACUCACUGCUGUUAGCGUACAGUCAGCUGACUUCAUACAAAGAGCAGUCUGCUUUCUGCAAAACUGAUUCCCAUUAAACACUAAAUAGUAAAUAAAUCAUGACUAAAUACGAGGACGUUGCUGUUCACGGCUACGAGGAAUUUUGUAAAGCUGUGUCUGAAAGAAAAGGAAAAGACAUAUUCGCUUACUUCUCUGGAGAUAAAGAUGACCAGGGCAAGAGCUGGUGUCCGGACUGUGUGAAAGCACAGCCAGUGGUCAGAGGAGAGCUGUCUCAUCUGCCGGAGGGAUCUGUCUUCAUUUACUGCCAAGUAGGAGAUAGACCUUACUGGAAGGACCCAAAUAAUGACUUUAAGAAGAAUCUGAAGCUGAAUGGAGUACCCACACUACUGCGCUAUGGCACGCCCCAGAAGCUGGUUGAAGAGGAGUGUUUUAAAGCAGACCUGGUUCGAAUGUUGUUCACAGAGGAUUAAUGUCCUGCGAUGUACUGCUUGAAGACAACCACAUUUUAAACAUUCUCUUUGAAUGACUGACACAGUUUUUCUACUUUUGUCAUUUGUAAUCUAUGCUUCUGCCCUGCAAUGUUCAGCAAAACAAAUUGUGGCCUGGAAUUAUGUUGUGGUGAUUGUACAAGUCUGGAAAGCAUUUGUGCAAAUAAAACUGUGUAUAC